AUGAAUGCAGAAGUGUCCAAGCCCAACAGGAGUAGCAGGCAAUGUAGUCCCACCUGUACUGGUGGGGCCCGUGCUGCGCUUCUUCCUCUGGGGGAAGUCGAUCUCACUGGGAGCCCCUUUGUCGUCGGGGCGAUGUUUGGGCAGCAGGGAGGCGCAACCACUCCAGCCCAGGUGCAGGUGGCCUGGGAAGACCAGAGCAACAUCAACAGAUUCAACAAACUCAACAACGAGUGGCAUGAGCUGCAGGCGAGAGUGCAGCGCCAAGAGAGGUUGACUGAAGAUCUGGAAGAUGCCAGCAACGAGCUUAUGCUAGUCGAUGACGAUGAGGUACGCUUCGCAAUGAGCGACUGCCUGUUCGUCCGUUUACCACAAGACGAAGUCGAGGUGAAGCUCCAGGAGGAAGCAGAGAGGGUAAAGAAGGAUUACGAGAGCACCAAGGAGGAGGUUGAGAAAAUUGGUGCAGAAAUGGCAAUGUUGAAGACCAGGCUGUAUGAGAAGUUUGGGAAUGCCAUCAACCUGGAGGAGGAGGUCUGA